CUUGCUGUAAAGUCUGGGACAGUCAUUCGGACACAGACGUCGCUUUCUUAGCUCGUGGGUAUUGUUGUAUCAGAGGCGAUCAGAAAUAUAUAAAGAAAAAGAACAAUAGUCGAAAGGACAAAAGAGUGAGACAAGGGGGCAGGCCAUUUUGCAGUGGAAAUCUAUGCUCAUUUGAAAAGGUGUUGUUCUCCACUCGUGCAUGUUCAAAUCGGAGGAGUAUAUAGAGCCGUAGGUCGGCCGGACUUUUAGUUUCGCAGCAAACGUCACUAUCAAACAGAAGGCAUGAUUUUGAGACUGAGUUCAAUCUGUGUUGCUUUUUCUAUUAAUGUAUUUUUGCAAUGCAUGUGGAUUAAGGUGGCUGUGGCAUCUGGACACUUCGAAUUGCAAAUUGUAUCGAUGCAGAACGUGAAUGGCGAACUGCAGACUGGCGAGUGCUGCGAUGGAUCUCGGAAUGCCGCAGAUCGCAAAUGCACGAGGGACGAGUGUGAUACCUAUUUUAAAGUGUGUCUAAAGGAGUACCAGUUGAAGGUCUCUUCGGCGGGCCCAUGCAGUUUCGGGACGGCUUCUACACCCGUGGUCGGAGGGAAUACUUUUUCUUUGCGGAGCAUGAGAAGUGACAAGUCGAGGAUUGUAUUACCUUUCAGCUUCGCUUGGCCGAGGUCCUAUACAUUGAUCGUGGAGGCCUUGGACUUCAACAAUGACUCUUCUACGGGCAGUGGGGGAGGCGAGAUGAUCGAGAAGGCCAUUCAGUCGGGCAUGAUCAACCCCAGCCGCCAGUGGCAGAGCCUGAAGCACAACGGGCCGGUGGGCCAGUUCGAGUACCAGAUCCGGGUCAACUGCGAUGAGCAUUACUACGGUUUCGGCUGCAACAAGUUCUGCCGUCCGCGCGAUGACUUCUUUGGCCACUACAACUGCGACCACAACGGCAACAAGACCUGCCUUGAAGGGUGGUCCGGACUAGAAUGCAGCACUGCUAUUUGCAGGCAAGGCUGCAGCACUGAACAUGGUUCCUGUAAAUUGCCCGGAGAUUGCAAGUGUCUGUACGGCUGGCAGGGCGAGUACUGUGAUAAGUGCAUCCCUCACCCGGGCUGUGUGCACGGAACCUGCGUGGAACCAUGGCAGUGCCUCUGUGACACAAACUUUGGCGGCCAGCUCUGCGACAAAGACCUGAACACAUGUGGUACACUCCAGCCCUGUCUGAACAUGGGGACCUGCAGCAACACUGGACCUGACAAGUACCACUGUGCCUGUCCUGACGGCUACUCUGGUGUCAACUGCGAAAAAGCAGAGCAUGCCUGUCUGUCGGAGCCCUGUUUCAACGGAGGGAGCUGUGUGGAGACCAGUCAGGGCUUCGAGUGCCAGUGUGGCCCCGGCUGGAGUGGCCCCUCCUGCAGUAUCAAUGUGGACGAGUGUUUCCCCAACCCCUGUGGCCACGGGGGCACCUGCCAGGACCAGGUCAACGGCUUCAAGUGCACCUGUCCCUCCCAGUGGAGCGGCAAGACCUGCCUCAUUGACGCCAAUGAGUGCGAAGGCGACCCCUGCCUGAAUGCCAACUCCUGCCGCAACCUGAUUGGAGGGUACUUCUGCGAGUGCCUCCCCGGUUGGACGGGCCAAAACUGCGACACCAAUAUCAAUGACUGCCAGGACCAGUGUCAAAAUGGGGGGAAAUGCAAGGACAUGGUGAAUGGGUACCGUUGCUUUUGUCCCUCGGGCUUCGGCGGCGAGCACUGCGAGAAGGACAUAGACGAGUGCGCCAGUGGCCCGUGCUUGAACGGCGGCCGUUGCAAGGACGACGUCAAUGGCUUCCAGUGCCUGUGCCUGCCCGGUUUCUCUGGCAACUUCUGUCAGUUGGAUAUCGACUACUGCAUGCCGAGCCCAUGUCAAAACAGGGCCCAGUGUUUCAACCUGGCUACCGAUUACUUCUGCAAAUGUCCCGAAGACUACGAGGGCAAGAACUGUUCCCAUUUGAAGGACCACUGUCGUACCACACCAUGCAAAGUGAUUGACAGCUGCACGGUUGCCGUGGCAUCCAACAGCACCCCUGGGGGCGUGCGUCUGAUUUCGUCCAAUGUGUGCGGGCCCCACGGGCGCUGCCGGAGCCAGGCUGGUGGCCAGUUCAGCUGCGAGUGCCAGGAGGGCUUCACCGGGACAUACUGCCAUGAGAAUAUAAAUGACUGUGAAAGCGGCCCGUGUCAGAACGGGGGAACGUGUAUUGACAAAGUCAGCCUGUACCAGUGCAUCUGUGCCGAGGGCUGGGAGGGACCCAACUGUGACACCAACAUUGACGACUGCAACACCAACCCAUGUCGCAAUCGCGGCACAUGCCGGGACCUGGUGAACGACUUCUACUGUGAAUGUAAGAACGGAUGGAAGGGCAAGACAUGUCACUCAAGGGAGAGCCAGUGUGACGAGGCUACGUGCAACAAUGGCGGAACGUGCUACGAUGAAGGGGACACCUUCAAAUGCAUGUGUGCCGCCGGAUGGGAGGGUGCCACCUGUAAUAUAGCUAAGAACAGCAGCUGUCUGCCUAGCCCUUGUGAGAACGGAGGCACCUGUGUAGUCAGUGGAGACUCUUUCACCUGCGUCUGCAAAGAGGGCUGGGAGGGCCUGACCUGCAACCAAAAUUCCAACGACUGCAAUCCCCACCCUUGCUAUAACAGUGGAACCUGUGUGGAUGGAGAUAACUGGUACCGGUGUGAGUGUGCCGCGGGAUUCGCCGGACCAGACUGCAGGAUUAACAUCAACGAGUGCCAGUCGUCGCCCUGCGCGUUCGGCUCCACCUGCGUAGACGAGAUCAACGGCUACCGCUGCCUGUGUCCACCAGGGAGGGCCGGCCCCAGAUGCCAAGAAGUUACUGGGAGACCCUGUGUUGUCAACACUCUGGUGGCUGUGGACGGGACCAAAUGGGAUGACGAUUGCAACACCUGCCAGUGCCACAAUGGGAAGGUCACCUGUACAAAGAUCUGGUGCGGUCCCAAAUUCUGCCGGGUCCACAGUAAAAGUCACAGCGGUGGCGAGUGCCCAGUUGGUCAGACGUGUGUGCCCGUCCGGGACGAGCGCUGUUUCGUCAAGCCAUGCCCCAGUCAGGGCGAGUGCUGGUCGGCCUCCCACAGUCUCCCGCCCCACGCAAAGUGCCACCCUGAGAGCAACUGUGCCAAUGUCACCUUCACCUUCAACAAGGACACCAUGCCACAGGGCUUGACUGUUGAGCACAUCUGCAGUGAGCUAAGGAGUCUGUAUGUGGUGAGGAACCUCUCGUCGGAGUACUCCGUGUCCAUGACAUGCGAGCCAUCGGCCACCGCCAACAACGAGAUCAAUGUAGCCAUCUCAACGGAGGACCCCAGAAGAGGCAAGGCCCCUAUCAAGGAGAUCACGGACAAAUUCAUAGACCUGGUCAGCAAGCGAAACGGCAACAGCACUAUCAUCACAGCCAUCGUUGAAGUCCGUGUCCAGAGGAGGCAGAGCCACAACCCCAAUGCGGACUACUUGGUCCCCCUGCUGGUGUCCGUAGUCAUCGUCAUCUGGCUCCUGGCUGUGGCCUCUGCGUUUAUCUGGUGCCUCAAGCGGCGGCGGAAGCCCAGCACCCACACGGGUGUCAACACCCAGUCGACGUCCCCUGCGGCGACCGCCGAAGACACCAACAACGCAGUCAACAACGUGCGUGAGCAGCUCAACCAGAUCAAGAACCCCAUCGAUAAACACGGUCCGACCAACGGCCUACCCCCAGUUAAAGAACAACCCAACCACUAUCACUACGAGGACAAGAACUCUCUUAUCAACGCCAAAAUUAGAACAAACAACUCAGACGUGGGUAGCCACCAUUCGGAUGACGAGGAGUCUGAGAAGAGGCUUCAGAAGGCUAGGUUCCCCAGGCAGACGCCGUAUACUCUAGUGGACCGGGAGGAGCGGAGCCCACAGCCACUCGGCAUGGCUGGCAAACACCCCAACUGGACUAACAAACAGGAUAACAGAGACUUGGAGUCGACGCAGAGCUUAAACCGAAUGGAAUUCAUUGUAUAGCGCACAGCUUGGCGACCUUGGCCCGACCACUUCAACCGGUUUAUCAUUGUUGGAAGGUCAACUGAGGGGCGCUCCAAAGUUGUUGACACUGUUGUCAUAUUUUUGAAUCAAAAAGUUGUUAUUUACCCUUCACAAAGAAGACAAAUUUCCAUGUGUUUAAUUUAUGUUUCGACAAGCUGGCUCACACUGGCAAUAACGGUUGGCUGUGGUUUGGCUGGAUUUCCGGGUGCUGCGUUUGCUUGCAGUCUUUUGCAAAACCAGUUAACUUCGAGGCGGCACUUCUGUAAAUGGUGAUAUCGAUGUACAUGUAAGAACGUCUCUAUGUUGUUCGGUAAGCUGCUGUCGAAGGCUUUUUGCAAGCUUUUUCCCGGUAGUCUUGUGUACGAUGAAUAUUAAUGUGGGUUUAGCCUCAUAACUGGUUUUGUAUUUGUACGCGCUUCCGCAUCACCAUACCACAGCAACCAUCAAAAAAUAUUAUUUAUUUUUGUUUGGGGCAGGUUGAGUCUGUCAGCAGUUGCUGCCAAUAUGAAGAAUUUGUGUCAAUGUAGAAUGUUGUAUAGAUCUGUAAAUAUUUUUUUUUAUUAAUCAUUGUUUAUAUUUGAUUUAUUAACUUAAUAAUCAAGAUCCUUAAAAUAUCAUUCCUUUUAUUUAUAUGCAUUGUUUAGAUUUGAAGGUUUGACAGCUUUGUAAGCUUACAACUUUGAAAAUAUUGUUUCAAUAUAUGCAGUCAGGUCAAAGUAUUUGGACAUUGAAUAUUUUUGUUUUGGAUUUGAAAUGAUACAAUGACUGAGGUUAAAGUGCAGAUGGUCGGUCAGCUUUAAUUUGAGGAUAUUUUCAUCGAUGUUAAAAAUUACCACUUUAUGAACAUGGUCUACCCAUUUCAAGGAACCAAAAGCAUUUGGACAAAUCCACUUAUGUGUAUUAAAGUAGUUAAAAGUUUAGUAUUUGAUCCGAUAUUCCUACCACGCAAUGACUACAUCAAGGUUGUGACUCUACAAACUUGUUGGAUGCGGUUACAGUUUCUGUUUGUUUCAGAUUUUGUGCCCAAUAGAAUUGAGUGAUGAAUAAUGUCCCAUGUGGCUCAGAGUAUGGUGCUUGCAAUGCCAGAGUUGUGGUUUCGAUUCCCAUGGGUGGACCAGUACAAAAUAGUACGAAAAUGUAUGCACUCACUACUGUAAGUCGCUCUGGUUAAGAACGUCUGCUAAAUGAAUUAAAUGUUAAUGUAAUGUCA